CCUAAGCUCUUUCUCAUCUCUCCCAUAAGCCAGCCGCCACCGCCCUUUUUUUGUUUGUGAAACCAGCAGCCCCCACGGCCUCCCUCGCCGGCGACAACCCGCAGCGGCGCGACCCCGAUCAGUGACGAAGCAGCGUAGAACCCCCUCGCCCUCUCCUCUCUCCGGCGAGGCAGCAGACGAUUGGCGACUCCUUGCAGGCGAUCCGACGCCGGCACAAACGAAACUCCCUUGCACGAACCCGAAUCCUAACCGAGAAAACCUUAUCUCUUUUGUUUAGGGACCAAUUCGUGGAGUUUAGGAGCGGAUUAGAACCCUUUGCAAUGGCUACUGAAGAAGACUCUGUCGAACAAGUUGCUGCAGCUCGUAAAGAGAGAUUGAGAGCUCUCAGAGCUGCUCAGGAAUUGUUAAACACGCCGGAUGAGAAGACUUCUGGAGGCGAGGAUAAAGAUAAUGGUGUUAUUGAAGAUACUGAAGAAACUAAUCUUAGUAUGAAAUUUCGGAACUAUGUCCCUCAUGAUAAAGAGCUUCAGGAGGGUAAACUUGCCCCACCUGUAUUGCCAAAGUUUGAGGACCCUGUUGCCAAUGAACCUCCACAAUUAAAAGAGGAUCCAUUUGUAAAUAUUGCCCCAAAGAAACCAAACUGGGACCUCAGAAGGGAUGUGCAGAAGAAGCUUGAUAAGCUUGAAAGACGUACUCAGAAAGCACUAUAUAAGCUUAUGAAGGAACAGGAAAAGCAAAAGGAGUCAGCUGAAGGAGAUGAUGUCCAAAAUGGUACAGAGGGAUAGUACGCUGCUCGAGGUUAUUUGCUUGGGCGGUUAAAGUUUUCUAUUUUCUUCUGGACAAAUUUUCUAUUUUGGACCCUAUGGAUACCCAUGCAGAACGACUGAAGAAGUACGAGGUUCCCCUUGGUGUUACCAUCCUUUCGGCAUCGCCUUGGUCCUGUAUCGACGUAAUAUGUGCAGACAUCACAUUAAGUCUCAUCACCCUUUCGUUGUUUGGAGGCAACUUGUUCUCUGUCUAUGUUCUCCUCGUACCAUGAGGGAUUCACUGUUGGAAGCCGGAAGUUGGAAUUAGCAAAAUCAGGCGAGGUGCAGUCUCCACGAUUCUGUGAUUGUUGAUUUACAUUUUACAUUGCUGAAUGAUCAGUGUGGUUUCUUUGACUGCAACUAAAGUAAAAUGAAGUUUACCGUUUGGUAAAAUUUAGGUGCAUUUGGUUGUUCAUCUUAAACUAUAAAUAUAUUCAAUGAAGUAUUUCAUGUUUUUAGUGUCGGUGAA